UUGCAUAAACCAGCUUACCAACAUAUACGCGCCCGCUUAUCUGCCCACAAAUUUUGCCCGCCGGCUAGUGGGUCCUCCAGUUCAAAUACUGGAUCAGUCCAAGCGGGCUCUAAUUGGCUGGCGGUGGCUACACCUACUGCCUCUUGUCGACAGCUUUCUGGUCUUGAUACUAAUGGAGCUGGCGUUCAUUCUCCAGGCAGCCAUUUGCCUAGACAAAUGCUCGCAACGUCAACGAGGGAGCGGUCCUCAUCUACUCCCAAUGUUUGCAACAACAUCGUACUUCCUUUGCUGAAUGGAGCAUACAAUUUGGCAGAAAACGGCCUCGGAAAGGUAGCUGAAAGCAUGGAAACUUCACUCCCAUGCCCGUGCAAGCGCAUCAUUUUGUCGGCACUACGUCGAUUUAGUUCUUGCUCACAUAUUGCUUAUUCAUACUCACUUGAUGUAAUUCGUCUAAAUCGCAUACCAAUAGAAGAGCAGCUGCCCACACUUUCACUUUGGUUACUAUUUCGACGUUUUCACAAUUCGAUUAUCUCUCAACUAUACAAAAAGCCCCUCAUGUCCUUUUCUUUCUCACCACCCAACAGCAGCUUCCAAAAAAAAGUAAAAUCUUCUACAUACCUUUCCUUGCAUACUCGUAUUCCUUCUUCCAUCAAGGGGGAUAAUCUUGACAAUGUAGCUUUUUUUCGGCCAAACCACAGCGUUAGGCGCACACAAUCUUGUGCGUCAUGCAAGUUAAAUCUUCAUUCGUCUGUACUGGUUUCGGGUACUUCUCAUCAUUCCCCUUUGCGCAACACAUCUAGCAACUUUCAAGCGAAUCCUAUACAAGUUUGUUGCAUCUCCAAGAGUAAUGAUGCAGUUAUGUCCAAUUCAGAGCCUGCUGUGAAAUCCAAGAUAUACAUUAAAUCUAAAUCUCACUGUAAUCUAUUUCCGUCGUUCCCUUCCGUCGAUGCCUCUUAUGGUUCAAAACUGCCAUUACAUUCACCCUCAACGUCCUUUCGCCAGCAAGCUUCAUUCAGCUCCCUUUUUUUUAGCAUGGUUCGAUCGUGUUUGCAUCUGCCCACAACUUCUCAUCAAGAUUUUGAUGAUUCAGCUGCCGGAACUCAUCAACAAUCUGAUGCCAGCUGUUCUAAUGUCAACCUCAAACUUUUCCAACAACAUCAUUAUACUUCUAUCUCGAACAUCGACAACAGACGGCCACUGAUAACCUGCCAAGCUGGCCAAACUAUCACAUCAAAUUCUGUCAUUCAUCAACCUACAGAGCAUCGUAGUGGUGGGAUAUGGAAUCGGACAUUUGCUAAGUGUAUUUGUCUUGGACGACGUCCUCCGUCCGAUCGCUUCAGUGGUCGAGGUACCUACUCGGCUUCUCGACAAACUAGAGCACGGAAGCGACACCAGGCUCAUAUCAGCUCUAUUGCGACUAGAGAAUCCCGUUUACCAAUUAUUUCGCAUACUCCAGAUGUGCAUAAUAUGUCAUGUCCCCUGAUUAAGCACCUCCCAGCUUUCACUGAUACUUCACCUCAGGCUAAAAUUGGGCUGACAGAUUCGAGACCGGUUGUGCGACUAGUCCGGAAGCAUCAAAGCCUCUGUGAAAAUCUUUCUUCUACAGGACUUCUCUCCGAUUCUACAACCUCUCUUUCGCGUAGAGCAUAUAAUUUUCUUGAGCAUAAUACUGUUCUACAUAGUAGUUAUUGCUCUGUCUCAAGUUGUACCACACCUGAAUCAACCAGUACUUAUUCACACAUUAAUUUUGAUUCUAGCGCUUCUCAUUCCUUGGAUAGAAUAAUGACAAAUUCCUCACCAUUAACUUCAGGUUCUUUAGAGAAUAAGUCUAGGAGUGAUUCUGACCCCCCUAUAUAUGGUGAUUCGUUAAGAUUUUGCUGUCCCAAUACCUCUGGUGGUACUCAUGCACGUCUGGCGGGAAGCCGUAAUCAUUCUAUUCUUAGAUAUAACUCUCAAUUUUUCGUUCUAAGUAAUUCUAACACUAACCUCAGCAUUCAACAAACGACAAAUGUCACUCCUAGUGUUCCUUCUGACAGUCAUAGCAUUUCAUCCUCUUCGUCAUCUUCAUCUUCUUUGUCUGCCUCUUCUUCAGUUACUUGUGUUGAUGCAGCCACGUACGCCUCUUGUACUUCCGAUGCUACUUCAGUCCUGAAAAAUAUGUUUUAUCAGCAUCACGCACUUCGCGAAGCGAAGUCACGCAAACAUCAUAAAAGCAUAGAAUCUCCCCAAAAAUCCACUCCAAGUCUUCCUUCAUCUAUAAGCUCAUUAAGCUUUGAUGGACAUGCCUUCCAGAGAGCCUCUACUCGGUCUAUUCCUCGUCUAUCUCAGAGAAAUUGUAUCCGAAAGCCAGAAAUUACGCUCGGAGGAAAAGUUAACUUUAUCAGACCUUUUUUAGAUUUGCGUCUUUGUGAAAAUACAGCUGCUUCUCUUUCUUCCAACGCCCUAGACUUCGCUCAGGAAACCUUCUCUGCUGAUACUACCCUCGAUGUAACCCAGUUACCAUUUUGGCUAGCACUUCCGCCAGGCGAUGCAAGUCCAUUAGACAAGGGAGAGCCUACUCGAUCAGCCAGGCUCACACCUCAGCCCACCAUCACUCGUAACGUGCCUCAUGUCCAUCUUACCGUUUCGCCGGACGUCUCUCAAUUUAAGAAUACUGAUCAGACUCCCAUACCUAACAGUGGUGGCCUCGUGAUACCAAUGUCUUGGCUUGACUCGUUACAGACCCAACGAGCUGGUUUAGCAGUCAAUAGAAAUGACCUCACUCCCCCUGUUGGCCGCAUGGCCUGUCAUAGCCUCACAGGUCUCUGGCAUAAGACUAGUGAUUCAAGACAAGUUACUGGCUCCUCUCUUCUAGCCAUUCCUAUCCGCGGUCAGGCUUUGGCAGGCCCAGCAGCCGCCUCACUACGCACAUUAUCCACAAGCUCGUCUCCACAGUCAGAACAGAGCACUAGAACACUGCAUCCAUCUGGAUCAUGUAAUCACCCAACUACUCUGAGUGUCGCUAUCCCAGUUUUGGGGAACUCUCAUCUGCAGCAAGGCUCUGCCUCGCCUUCUGAGAGCCGAACUUUCGUGGCACCUUUUUUUCUGCCUACUCAAAAUUCUGUUGAACCUUCAUCUGUGCUAAAAGAUCACACUGGAUCAGUUGGAGUCCAAUACUGUUCUAAUACACCUGACGCUCUUCCCUCAACAUCUUCGCCAGGCUCAGCUAGUCCAAUGUUGGCAUUUCUUCUCGAUUUAUCCAGCAAUCCGCCACCUGGUCCGGAUCAGCAAUCUCUCAUUGGCACUACCUCAGUCCCACAGCCGGUUCAUAAAGCUCUUGCUAGUCAUUCUUCUGAGCUGCAAGUCAAUCUAUUCGGACGGUCGCCCUCUGCUCCCAGUGUGCAUAAUUCAUUCCUGAAUUCUUCCAGGUUGAUGCCAUCGCCUUUAGUACUGGUGCCAUCGCCAACAAAGCCAUUUCAUCUUAUUGAUGGCCUUAAUUCGAAUGAUGUAUGUCUUCCUAUUGGCAUUUCACCCACUGCUUGCUCUCCUGUUCUUUUAUCUAUCUGGUGA